UCAUCGUCUUCUUCAUCCUCUGGUUUUUCUCUCUGUAAUAUCCAAACAAUGAAACACGCUCCGUCCCCCACCUCGCUUCACUGAAGCUCCCGGCACCCCGGGGAAGAAAAUGGCCUUCGCAACCGCCAAAAUUACCGAACUGCCACUGCGCAACGCCCUCCCCCGCGCCUCCUCCGGCUACGGCAAGAGCUCCCUCCACCUCCUCUUCGCCUCUCCGGCGCCGCCGCGGCGGCGGCCUCGCGCGCUCGGACGGCGCUGCUUCUGCCAGUCCCUCCCGCACGACCAAUCCUCGAGACGCCAGCUCCUCCCGCGGAAGGAGCGGCGGCAAGCCGCACUCCGCCCCCUGGCUCAACAAGUGGCCGCCGCCGCCGCGGACCGCGAGAUCGACGAGGAGUCGCCCGGCGAGGUCGCCGGCUCCGAUUCCCGCGGCGAGGCUGAGCGUAGGUACUCCGGAAACGACAGAGGCCAGAAUGCGAUCGAGAGGAUCGUGCUCAGGUUGCGGAAUUUGGGAUUGGGGUCGGACGAUGAAGAGGAAGGGGACGAGGAGGACGGGGAGGGCGAAUUCGGAGCCGCGCGGCCGACUGGAGAGGAGAGGCUAGGUGACCUGUUGCGUAGGGAGUGGAUUAGGCCGGAUAGUUUCCUCGAGGAGGACGAGCGCGAGGAGGACGAUGCGGGGUUGUUGCCGUGGGAGAAGGAAGGCAAGGGAGAGGUCAAGGCUGAGGAGAAGGUCGUCGGGGGGAUGAAGAGGUCGGUGAAGGCGCCGUCGUUGGCGGAACUCACGAUCGAGGACGAGGAGCUGAGGAGGUUGAGGAGGAAUGGGAUGUACCUUAGGGAGAGGAUUAGCGUCGCGAAGGCGGGGAUCACGCAGGCGGUUUUGGAGAAGAUACAUGAUAAGUGGAGGAAGGAGGAGCUUGUGAGGCUUAAGUUUCACGAGGUGCUUGCGCAUGACAUGAAGACCGCGCACGAGGUCGUCGAGCGUCGAACUGGGGGAUUGGUCAUAUGGAGGUCUGGCAGUGUUAUGGUGGUGUACCGUGGGAAGAACUAUGAAGGCCCUGCUUCAAGAUCCCAACCGAUUGUGAGGGAAGGUGAUGCUCUCUUUAUCCCUGAUGUUUCUUCAGCCAACAGAGCAGUCGCAGAAAGUGGCGAUGAUGUGAAGCCGGAACGUGAGAAGAGUGAAGUGUCGGUGAGGAGCCCAGUGCUAAAGGAGAGCUUGACAGAAGAGGAAAUUGAAUAUAACGACUUGUUAGAUGGCUUAGGCCCUCGUUUCGAAGAGUGGUGGGGCACAGGAGUGCUUCCGGUCGAUGCAGAUCUACUUCCUCAAAAGAUUCCGGGUUAUAAAACACCUUUUAGGCUUCUUCCUACUGGAAUGCGUUCGCGACUGACCAAUGCUGAGAUGACCAACUUACGGAAGCUGGCAAAGUCACUUCCUUGUCAUUUUGCCCUCGGGAGAAACAGGAACCAUCAGGGCCUGGCAGCUGCUAUAAUUAAGCUUUGGGAGAAGAGCUCAGUUGUGAAGAUUGCUGUUAAAAGAGGAAUCCAGAAUACGAAUAACAAACUCAUGGCUGAUGAGCUGAAGGAUUUAACUGGGGGGGUCUUACUACUUCGAAAUAAGUAUUACAUCGUCUUCUAUCGCGGAAAGGAUUUUCUUCCUCCUACUGUAGCUACUGCUUUGUCAGAAAGACAGGAAUUGGCAAAACAGAUACAAGAUGUUGAAGAAAAACUUCGGACUGGAACAGUUCCUCCUACUGUAGCUACUGCUUUGUCAGAAAGACAGGAAUUGGCAAAACAGAUACAAGAUGUUGAAGAAAAACUUCAGACUGGAACAGUUGAUGCUGCUCCAUCUAAGGAAGCUGGCUAUGUGCAAGCAGGUACUUUAGCUGAGUUCUAUGAGGCUCAAGCCCGAUGGGGAAGAGAUAUAUCUAAUGAGGAACGUGAAAAGAUGAUCGAAGAAGCUUCCAAGUCCAAGAGUGUUAGACUUGUCAAAAGAAUUGAGCAUAAGCUAGAUCUUGCACAAGCAAAGAAAUUAAGGGCUGACAAACUCUUAUCUAAAAUAGAAGCAUCUAUGGUUCCCGCUAGUCCUGAUGAUGACCAGGAAACUAUCACCGAUGAGGAACGGACUAUGUUUCGCAAAGUUGGUUUAAGAAUGAAGCCUUACCUGCCUCUUGGUAUUCGUGGUGUUUUCGAUGGUGUCAUUGAGAAUAUGCACCUGCAUUGGAAGCAUAGAGAAUUGGUGAAGCUUAUAACAACAAAAAACUCUACUUUUGUGGAAGACACAGCAAGGCUAUUGGAGUUCGAGAGCGGUGGAAUAUUAGUAUCAAUAGAAAGUGUGCCGAAAGGCUAUGCUCUUAUAUAUUAUCGUGGAAAGAAUUACCGGCGGCCCAUCAGCCUGAGGCCAAGGAACCUUCUCACGAAGGCAAAAGCAUUGAAACGUUCUGUUGCCAUGCAACGGCAUGAGGCUCUAAGUCAACACAUAUCUGAGCUGGAGCACACAAUUGAGCAGAUGAAGAAGGAAAUAGGUGACUCUUGUGAGAUAGAGAGUGAAGAUCCCUGGAGUUCCAAAGGAAAUGGCCAGUUUGAUGAAGUAUCAGAAUUGAAAAUGAGUGAAGAUGAUGGUCCAACGUCUGAUCCUGAUGAUGUUGAAGGCAGUGAUUGGGAAGAUGAUGAAGAAUCUGACCAAGAUGAUGAAGAAUCUGACCUUACUUUAGAUAUGUGAUGAUCCUUUGAAAAGAACUUCAUAUUUGUGCUGAAGGAAACUCGAGAGGCAUUUGGGGCAUUGCCUCUGUACCGUCGCUCUGUGUUCGUGUGGAACUUUUCCCUGUCGGAACCGAACCAUUCAAGUUCGUUUGGUUAGCUUCUGAACAAUUUCUCGUGCCUCAUCACAAUCAUUCAUUCAGAAUCGUUUGCCUGUGAAGGAUUUGCAUUGAGUAUGAACUAAUUACCUUGAUGAGUUCCUCAGACAAGCCAGAAGCUCCGUGAAGCACCAAGGAGACACUGACGGAUAAGAUGAAGCAAGGACAGAAUCCAUAUUGGUUGAUGCUAAUCAGUACUUGGUGUAACCCUCUUCGACAAUAUAUGUUUUGCCAGUAAAAGAUGAAUCUCUUACUACGCAAUUGGUGGAUGCUAAUCAGUACUUUUCACAGAAAAAGAGAUGGUUGUUUUGGAGCGAGCUCAGCUUUGCAAUGAUGCAAUUCUAUUGGAGAGUUCGAUACUGUUCUUUGAGGGGCUGAAUAGUCACUCAGGGAUUGAAAACUAGUGUAUGCUUGAAUGAAUUCUCAAGGCAAACAUGUAAAAAGCUUCUCCAGUAGUUAAGCAAAACAAACUCAAACCGGGAUCAGCCUAUUCAUCAUUUGUUAUCAGCCCAUGCAAGUUGACA